GUUGGAUCCAUUGCUCCUUGGUCACUCUCUGCUUCCAACUUAGAAGCCACCAUGUCCUGCCGCUCCUUUCGGGCUAGCUCUGGUCACUGCAUUGGCAACUUCAGCUCCUGCUCGGCAGUGGUGCCCCAGCGUCUGAACCGUUACCAGGCCAACUCUGUCUCCUGCCGAAGUGGUGUCAGCUUCCGGGGCUUGGGUGGUUUUGGGAGCCGGAGUCUGUGCAAUUUUGGAUCCUACUCACCCCGAAGGGUGGCAGUGGGAUCUUACCCCAUCCACUCUGGGGUUGGCUUUAGAUCUGGUGGCAGGAUUGGUUUUGGGCCUGGCAGUGGCAUUGGCUUUGGAUUUGGGCCUAACGGUGGGUCCUGCUUUGGGGCCGGUAGCAGCAUUGGCUUGGGGCCCAGCGGCGGUAUUGGCUAUGGGUUUGGCAGAUCUGGUUUUGGGUAUAGAGUUGGUGGAAUUGGAGGCCCAGCUGCGUCUUCCAUCACAGCUGUGACUGUCAACACAAGCCUACUGACACCUCUCAAUCUGGAGAUUGACCCCAAUGUUCAGAGGGUGAAGAAGGAUGAGAAGGAGCAGAUCAAGACUCUAAAUAACAAGUUUGCUUCAUUCAUUGACAAGGUUCGGUUCCUGGAACAGCAAAACAAGCUCCUAGAAACUAAGUGGAACUUCCUCCAAGACCAGAAAUGUGUCAGGAGCAACCUAGAGCCGCUCUUCGAGAGCUACAUCAAUAACCUGAGACGGCAGCUGGAUGUGGUCGCCGGGGACCAGGCCCGGUUAGAUGCCGAGAGGAACCAUAUGCAGGAUGUCCUGGAGGGCUUCAAGAAGAAGUAUGAAGAGGAGGUAGUAUUCCGGGCCAAUGCAGAGAAUGAAUUUGUGGCCCUGAAGAAGGAUGUGGAUACAGCUUACUUAAACAAGUCUGACUUGGAGACCAAUGUGGAAAACUUGACCAGCGAGAUAGAAUUCCUGAAAGCUCUGUAUGGACAGGAGGUCGAGCUGCUCAAUUCCCACAUCUCAGACACAUCUGUAAUUGUGAAAAUGGACAACAGCAGAGACCUGGACUUGGAUGGCAUAAUUGCUGAAAUCAAGGCUCAGUAUGAGGACAUUGCCAGGCGAAGCCGGGCUGACGCCGAGGCCUGGUACCAAACUAAGUAUGAGGAAAUGCGAGUAACAGCGGGUGUGCACUCUGAUAAUCUUCGGAGCACACGGGAUGAGAUCAAUGAGCUAAACCGCCUGAUCCAGAGGCUGAAGACUGAGAUUGAUCAUGCCAAGGCACAGCGUGCCAAAUUGGAGGCUGCUGUUGCUGAGGCCGAGCAGCAGGGAGAGGCCGCUCUCAAUGAUGCCAAGGUCAAGCUGGCUGAACUGGAGGGGGCUUUGCAGCAAGCCAAGCAGGACAUGGCCCGUCAGCUACGUGAGUACCAGGAGCUGAUGAAUGUCAAACUGGCCUUGGAUGUUGAGAUCACUGCCUACAGGAAACUCCUAGAAGGUGAAGAAAGCAGGAUCUGUGAAGGUGUUGGAGCAGUGAACAUAUCUGUGAGCAGUUCCAGGGGUGGUGUGAUAUGUGGCUCAGAACCCUUUGUCUCCAGUUCCUCCUACGCCCGAGGCGGGCCUGGCUUCUCCGGGGGUAGCAACAUCUGUUCCAGCAGCGGGCUCCUGAGUUCUGGGGGUGCCUGGGGUUCUGGCAGCUCCUGCGGCACAGGCCUGAGCCGAGGAUCUAGGCUCUCUACCAGAGGAGGAGACGUGGCAGUGACCAGCGGAGGGAGCACUGUGAUUGCUGGUGAAGCCUGUGCCCCCUGCAAUCCCUGUCUCCCCAUGGAGGGUUUUAGCAGCAGCAGCAGCGGCAGCCGGAGCGGUCGGAGCUCCACUGUCCACUUUGUCUCCACUACCUCAUCCCACCACAGCAAGUACUGAACGAAGAACCCAGGAUCCGCCAUUGCCUGAGAGAGAGGAAGAGAGAGAGAGAGACAACCACCUUUAGGAGUCCUACGCUGGACUUUGUGGAUGGGAUGCCCCUAAAUUACCCCCAAAUUCUCCCUUCUCUAGAGGAGCUAUCUAUCUUGUGAAUUCUCUGGAGCCACAGUUUGUCUCCCUGUGAACCCUGGCAGCUCUGGUCAGUGUGUAUUCAGGAAGGAAAAUUAAAAUUAAUUCUCCUAUGACACAUAGCUUUGGGAAGGUAAAUCUGCUGCCAAUCAAUAUGUACCCAGUCUUUCAAAGCCAAAGAAAUAGAGAAGGAGACAGUGUGGUAGCACAGUGGAGCAGUAGCUGGCUGUGAACUUGGAGAACCUGGGUCUGAAUGCUGACUCAAUCAUCCAGUCAUACCAUCUCAGCUAAAACCCUUUAUUUCUUUGAGUUUCAGUUCUCUCGCUACUAAAUGUGGAGUUUGGACUUAAAGACCUCUAGUUUCAGUUCUCUCGUCUACUAAAUCUGGAGUUUGGACUUAAAGACCUCUAGUUAUCUCAUCCAGACGACCCUUCUCACUCUAAAUCUUUAAGCCUAUGAUUUUUGGCAUUCAGUUUUAGUAAUCCCUGUCCCUGCUUCCCUCUAUUUGAAGACAAGUAAUUGUUUGUAUUUAACACAAGUUUCUCUUGUCCAUACUCCCUUUGCUUCUUUUCUCUCUCUUGGGCAAAAAAGAAAUAAUUUUGACCCUCUUUCCUGGAUUUGUAAGUCUCUGCUAUCCUAGAUUCCUUUGGGCCUGGUAUCUCCCUCAAAGAGAGCCCCUUGUCUUGGAGGGUUGGAGUUAUAUAUCCCCAGGUGAUUAUCUCAGGAGCUGUGUCUGUCCACUGUGUGUAUGAAAGCUGACUGCUAAUGCUAUAUUUUUCUUGCUGGGUUGUUUGUCUGACAUUGUAGUAUCUAAAGUCUACAACUGAGUUCUGUUUAGGGCUGUGCUUGUCAUCCCUGGGAAGGAUGGCAUCUCAGGACAGUGGAGGGAAGGUCCUUGCCAAAAUGAGACCAUCUGAUUGGUGGGAAGUCAAGCGAUAUCUCUGGAUGAUGCUUUAUUUCUCUUCUCGGCAAUGGUUAGAGACCUCCAGCUGCUUGCUGGCAUCUAGAAUGUAUCUAUCAAGAUAUGAAAGGAGAAGAAAAGGGAAGGAAGUUAUUUGUAUGCACAUAUGUGUUGCUCUUCAUGUUUUCUGGUGUUUCCAAUAAACUUGCC